AUGGACAUAAGUUUUGCAAGACCAACCUCUUCAUUGAGCACAAGGAGUUGGAUGGGAGGUUCCAAUUCAAAUUCACCAUCCAUUGGCUGGCCCUCCAAGCUUCUCCUGCCCAACCCUGAGCUCACCACGGUCCUAGGAGGUACAAACAUUGACUUCAGACCCCCUGUGUACACAUUAGUUGGGCAUGAAGAGGAUUUGCGAGAAGAGGAGCCUGAGCUCGAUCGAGCUGAGGAUCGAGUUGAGGACAACGCUCGAGUGAAUGAGGAUUUGGGUGAGCCUGAGUGCUAUUACUUUGAGGAGUAUGAGGCUCCAAGGAUGAACCCCUCUGUUGUGGCUGCCCACAAGAGGAUUGGACUUCUCCAAAGGUUCAACAAGUGGCAAGGGAAAGCCAUGGAAAGAUGCAAAAGUCCAUGGACAAGAUGGUGA